AUGGCGACGACGGUCAAGGGGAGUCGGCCUGCGGGUAAAAAGGGCAGCGGGGCAAAGAAGGCGGGGUAUGAAAAGGUCAAAUAUCUGGGUGAGGGACAGUUUGGGACUGUCUACCUGGAGCGUGAUUCGCAGACGGGUCAACUCUACGCCAUCAAGCGGAUUCGCCUGGGUGAUAAAAGCAUGGCCAAAGAAGGGCUUAAUCAGUCGGCCUUUCGUGAAAUCAUGUUCUUGCGCGAAGUCCAUCACCCAAACAUCAUUGACCUACACGAUGUGUUUUUGAAAAAGGGCAAUUUGCACCUUGUCCUAGAGCUCGCUUCAACAGACCUCGAGAAACUCAUCCGCAACAAGCGGCUCGACUUUGCGCCCGGCGACGUCAAAUCCCUGCUUUUGCAAACCUACCAAGCCUUAGAUUAUCUACAUGCUCGCUGGAUUCUGCACCGCGACCUCAAACCCAACAACAUCUUGAUCACGACCGGUGGUCAGGUCAAGCUCACCGACUUUGGGCUUGCUUGCACCUUUGGCUCGCCCUCACGGGAAAUGACCACCCAAGUUGUGACCAUCUUUUAUCGAGCCCCUGAGCUGCUGCUUGGCGCCCGUCACUACGGCGUUGGCGUGGACAUCUGGGCCAUGGCCUGCAUUCACAUGGAGCUUGAACUGCGAACACCCAUCUUGCCCGGCGACGGUCCUUUUGAUCAACUGGACAAAAUCAUGGCCUUUCUAUCCAGCUUUGGCCACGCAUUUGCCCAACCGAACUAUCGCGAGCUCUCCAGUUCUUGGGAAUUCAAGCCACGGGACCCCACCCCGAUUCGGGCGCUGCUACCAGCCGUCUCAGAUGCUGCCAUUGAUCUCCUGGAGAAGCAGUUUACCUACGAUCCUCUGAAGCGACCCACGGCCCGGGAGACUCUUAUGCACCCCUAUUUUUCAGAAGCACCCGGGCCCACGCCGCCAGAUCAGCUGCCCCUCGCGCUGCAUAGCAGUUACAACAGCAAAUUGCACAAGACAUGA